GCCCCAUGUGGCAUCAUCUCAUUUGUUAUCUCCAUUGAUCACAAGCUUCUUUUGUCCUCUUGCAUGCCUUCUCCCUUUAUUUAACUAUCUUAAUCUCUACCACCUUCACUUGUUCUAGUUCUUGAGAGAAGCUAGAGAGGUGCUUGAAGAUGAUGAAGUUGAGGUCAAAGAGGUUCUGCAGAGGAAGCUUUAAGCUCGGUUGCAAUGGUGGUAAUGGAAAUAAUAAAGGUGGAAGUGAAAGAGAAGGGUCUUGUGGAGGCCUUGGUGAAAUCAAAUGGGAGCUUAGGCCUGGUGGAAUGCUCGUUCAAAAGAGAGAAAAUGGAGAUAGCGUUGGAGAGUUGAUUACAAUUAGAGUCUCCACUCUUUCUCAAUGGCAUGACAUUUCCAUUGAUGCAACUUCAACUUUUGGAGAAUUAAAGAUAGUAUUGUCACUGGUAAGCGGGCUGGAGCCAAGAGAGCAAAGGCUGUUGUUCAAAGGAAAAGAAAGAGAAGACAUUGAGUACUUACACAUGAUAGGUGUUAGAGACAAAGACAAAGUGUUCUUGUUAGAAGAUCCAGCCAUUAAGGAGAGAAAGCUCCAUGGCUUAGCAGAUGGAACUCCUUGUACUAUAAGUAUAUAAUAUCUUUUAUUACUAACCACCUUAAAGAGAAAGGAAAAGUGCCCAAAAAUGGUGAUGGGUUUCUCUCUAUUAACUUGAUUGUGUAUCAUUAUUCUGCCAAUUUGACUAAUUUAAUAUGUGAAAGCUGAGGCAUAGUGUUAUUAUUA